AUGUGCGAAGCCAAUCUCCAGACGUGGCAUUUCUUGAGAAUUGGUUUUGUAAGCAAGAGAAUUGAAAAGUUUGCUGCUAUGAAGGCACUCUAUCUAGAAGUUUCGAAUACAUUCGACCACACUAAACUCGGAAAUUCACAUUCCCAGAGAGGUAACAUAAAACAUCAAAUAUCGGAAGAAACUAACAACCUAUCCAAAUCAUCAUCUUCUUCAUAUGAAGACGAAGAAAUGGAAGAAGAGACAGCAGAACUCUACGAAGAACCUGAAUUUGAAGAAACAAAUUCCGAAAGGAAACUUUUAAAACAGUGGACAGCUCAUGAUUGUGCAGUAGAUAUCUUGAUACUAACCUAUCCAAGAACGGAUAUUAAAUAUUCUUAUCUUUCGUCUUCAGUUUCGAGUAUUUACAAUGAAUUGGAAGGAACCAUUUUCAAACCAUGUAUCACAGUUUUUAAUAAUUUACCUGAUAUGAGGAAGGAAUUGGAAAUUGCCAUACCAGAACAUAUUCUCAAUUCUGGAAGAUUUAGAAUUCUGGAAAAUCAAAUAGCAAGUUCAAUUUUCACAUCUCACUUGUUGAAUGCUAAAAAGAGAAAUCAUGCCAAUAAUUUCUAUGAUAUGCUUAAAAUGUUUGUUGCAGUUUCAGAUAUUGAUAGGAAUAUUUUCAUUUGGAUUAAAUGGAAUUAUUGUACAGAGGAGAGACAUUCCUUCAAUAAUUAA